AAGGCUUUAAUAUUUUUGUUCAGCAAUCGGUGGUCGAGAGAUGGCGCACUUGAAAUGGUCCUUUUCUGUGCGACAUCGUGGCCCAACGAAGCACCAAGAUGCAACUGUUUGUCCGAACUGAUGAGACCCACACCCUUGAGGUGACUGGCGAAGAAUCUGUUGCCGAUCUGAAGGCCAAAAUCCAGGAGCUGUCCGGCUUCUCAGCCUCAGAGCAGGUCCUGUCUUGCUGCGGCACACCCCUGGAUGAUGACCUUACCCUAUCCCAGAAUGGACUUCUUGACUUGAUGACCCUUGAACUCUCUGGACGUCUGCUCGGAGGAAAAGUUCACGGAUCCCUUGCCCGUGCCGGUAAAGUGCGAGGCCAGACCCCCAAGGUUGAUCCCCAGGAGAAGAAGAAGAAGAAGGUCGGACGUGCCAAGCGCCGCAUGCAGUACAAUCGCCGAUUUGUCAACGUUGUGCAGACCUUCGGCAAGAGGCGUGGACCCAACUCCAACUCCUAAGCUGUCCUACAAUGCCAGAGAACGUUGCAUACACACACUUGUAAAAUAGUCAGUAUGUUGGUCAGAUAAUUAAAUAUAAUCUGCUCAUAUGCAACAGCAAA